AUGACCCUCACCAGGGAGGGAACUCGGCUGAUAAUCUGGAUCAGCGUUUUCACGUUCCUCACCACCCUGGUGCUCGGAUUCCGGCUUUGGGCCAUCCGUCUCCUCAAGAAGCGGCUUCAAAUCCAGGAUGUCUUGGUUUCCAUAGCCUAUAUUAGCACCUGUUCACUUUCCGGACUGGCCUGCUGGACAAUCACCCACGGACUCGGAAGACGCACAAGCGACCUCACAGCCACCGAAGCCUCCCUGCAGCACCAGGUAAGAACCUCCUCCCCACUCAUUGUAGCCGCCGCCGUGACCUCCCUGGUCGGCACAGUCGGGUGCAAACUCUCCAUGCUCGCCUUGUACAGCUCCCUCUUCCACGCCUACCGGUUCAUGUGCAUCCUCAUCUGGCUCUCAACCGCUUUCAUCCUCGCCUACUUCAUCACCUUCCUGUGUCUGAACCUCACCCAAUGCCAACCACUCUCCCACCACUGGAACCCGGCCCCGAACGACUGGUGUCGUCCCUUGCAGAUAGAAGAUCUCCUCCUCACCGGCCUGAAUAUCUUCAUCGAUACCCUCAUCGCUGUCCUCCCCACCCCGGUCAUCUGGACUCUCCAGAUGUCCUCUCGCAAUAGGUGGAUGGUCAGUUCGAUGUUCGGCAUGGGCUUGAUAGUUGUAGCCAUCAUGGCCUGGCGUCUCCAAGUCACAGCCAACAUGUUCAAGACCCGCAACCUGGGCCACUACUUCACCCUACCCGUCCUGCUCGUCCUGCUCGAGCUCUGGCUGAGCAUCAUCAUCGUCAGCAUCCCCUCCCUCGUGCCUUUCAUCCGACACUUCACCAGCCCGAGGCUUGGACACAAUUCAUCGCCGAUCCUGCGUCGGGCUCAUUACGUGCUCAGUCAUCGGUCCAGGCGUCGUCGAGGGCCGGGUAAUGUCUGGGAGAUGGAGAUGGAUGAGAGCUUGACGAGGACGGCAGCUGCACUUGGGGACGUGGAGGAUGCGGGGUCUUCGACGUUGGUGAAUAAGAUUCCGGAGGAUGAGACACACCCUGGGUCGAAGGUUUCGCGCGAGGACCUUUCGCGUCCGGUCUCGAUGGUGGGGUGAAGUGGAGCUGUGCGGAGUGAGUGAGUGGACUUCUUGGAUAUAG